GUCUUUUGCUCCCGUUCCUUGCUUGCGACAGCCAGCCGCCUUCCUUACCCGUGUUGCUGUCCCGCAGGGUGAAGCCUGAGAAGCUGUGACGACGCUGGAUGCGGGCUGAGCAAUGGCCUCCGUGGGACUCUUCCUGGCCUGGAGCCUGCUGCUGCCGGCUGUACAACAGGCAUCCCGCCUCCCCACCCCAAACAACCCCACCUGGGGCCCUUCCUUGAGCUCUGCCCCACGGCUGCCUCCACUGAAUGGACCCUCCCAAGAGCGUCUCCCAAGCAUAACGCCAACCCGUUCAGACCCCUUUGCCCACGAGAUCUCCAGUGGCGAUGGGGAGCCGGGCAGUGAGAUUUGGGACAGAGCGAAUCCCACAACGCAUCCUGGGACUCCAAUACCCCGGGUGCCCUUUGACUUCCCUCCAGUGACCCGUUCUGGCUUGGGGACACCUGCUAGGGCUUCUGAAGUAAGCUCGGCUCCCCACCUCACCGUGCAGGGUCUUCCUCAGACGGGGGGCUUCACUCUGUCAACAGUGGGGCUUUCUAGCGUUCAAACAGAACCUGAGGUGACCACUGGCCAUGCACCUGUGGAAAUAAGCCCAGAGCAGGGAAUUAAUGGGACUUCUCUCUCAGUCCCUGGUGCUGCAAGCGUGGCCACUCCUGGGAUGGCCUCCCUUCCAACCUCAUCCGGGGUUGAGGCCUCGGAUUUACCUGCCUCCCAGGACGAGACCAGCCGCCACCAGGCGGUGCUCAAAGAUAUCUCCAUGGCAACCACACUAGGCCCCAAGCCUACUGUGUCCACCAUCCCCUUGGUGACAUUACCUGCCGACGGGUCCCACGUAAAGUGGAUGGCGACCGAACGCACCGGCCCGAGGGGCGAUAGCGCCGUGGGGCAGCUGGGAAGCGGGGGUCCGCAGCAGGAGCUGGUGGGCCCAAACCAGACCACCGUCAAAUACAUGGCUUCCUACAGGAGCACACAGACUUAUGGGGGCCCACAGGGACGGGAGGAGCUCUCCACCACUCCUUUUAGACCCACACAGGCGGCUGGAUACACCCAGAGGCCGCUUGGGCCGGGGAGGGACACGGUUGCUUCUGUCUCCCGGGCUGGGACAGCCAUCCCACUGGAUGGGACCCUGGCCUCCGCAAGCCCCCCUCAGCCAGCCUCAGAGGUCUUCCCAAGCCCUUCCACCUCUUCACCGGCAGGGGACAUGGCAGGGACCCCCCAGGGGCCAGUUACACACCAAGGAAGCACCCAUUGGAGCCUGAUUGUCCACACAACACAGCAGACAGGACUUUGGGAAGUGGCCAGAACGGAAAAGACUCACUCUCUUGGUGGGUCAGCGACUCCAGGGAUUUUGGGAGCGAUUGAUAUUAACCCCCAACGAGUCCGGGGAGCUGUGAUGCCCAAGGUCCCUGUCACAUACGUUGGGUCCUCUACUCCUGGACAGGACACCCCUGUGGUGAGGACCAGCCCAGAAACCAAGCACCCAGACGCAGCUGGGACCCGUCCCGCUAAGCGGAGCAGCAGCGCAACCACCACCACGUCUGCCCGCCUCCUGGACACCCCCCGCCGUGGCCUGAUCCGGGUCACCACCCAGAGAGUCGUGCUGCACCGCCAGCUGGCCCGCCCCCAGCCCAGCCUGCCCACUGUCCGCACUGCCUCCAGCCCUCCUUGCCCCAGCCCUGGCAGCGCCUGCAGCCAGCUGCUGCCUAACCAGACCUUGAUCCGCUGGGGGGACCUCGAGCGCACCCUGAGCUUUGCCUGGGCGCUGCACAUCUACGGCUCCAGCGUGCUCUUCCUGCUGCUGAGCCUGCUGAGUCUGGCCUGCCUGGGGGGCUCCCUCGCCUUGCGCGUGGCUCACUUCCCGCACGUCGCGGCUGCCAGCGCCUUGCUGCUGGUCUUCGGGCUGCUGCGCACCACCUUCUUCCUGGCUGACCCGUACGGCGCGAGGGGCCGCCUCCCGGCCACCGCGGUGAGGGUCCUCUACACGGCACCCUUCCCCAUGCUGCUCACAACCUUUGCUGUGCUCCUCCUCCGCCUCUUCCGCCAGGCCCGCCUGGAAGUCCUGCCGCCCAAGUGGCAGAGCCUGCCGCUCUGGGCUGCGCUGGGGUCCGUGCAGAGCACCGCCCUACUGGCCGCCGACUUGUUCUCCCCUCCGUUGCACCCGGCCGUGCCGGUGGGGCUGCACACCCUGUCCUGCGCCCUUGGCAUCUGCCUCCUGCCCUUCACGGCCUUCGUUUACUGGCUGCUGCGGCGCAGCGUGGCCGAGAUGGCCGAGGGCACCCCGGAGCCGGGCGUCUGGAGCGGGGCGUGGCUGCUGCUGGCAAGCAGCGGGCUGGCCCUGCCGUGCUGCGGGCUGCAGUUCUACGGGGUGCUGUGGUUCUCGGGCCUUCUGGGCCAGGUGGACCUCUUCAGCUGGGGCUGGUGGUUCGUGCAGUUCUGGUUCCGGAUCGUGGAGCUGGUGCUCUCCUUCGCCCUCGUCGCGCUCGCCUGGCAGGCCCUCUGCUGGCGCUACGGCUCAGCCGAGCACUCCUGCUGGGCCAAGCUCCUACGCUACUUCUGCGCCUACCGCAAGGCCGAGGUGCCCGAGUACCCCAACAACUGCUACGACUGGGCCGGAGGCAUCCUGGAAAAGGUCCCCAACAACGACAUCAGCAAGAACCUGAUCCGGAACCCUCCCGUGGGUGGCAGCGGGCGCCUCUGGGCACUCAAGGACAGCAAUGAGCUGCGGGCAGCGGGCGUCCAGGGCUCCAGUCCGUCACCCGCACGCACUGUCUACAGCCCCAAGUGCCCCAACGCCGCCGCGGCCAUGAUGGGCCGCUCCUACACCAGCAUCUGCUUUGAGCGGGAUUCGGUCCUCUCCCUGGCAGAGCUGGAGUUCCGGCCCCCGUCGCCCAUCAACCUGAGCCGCAGCAUCGACGAGGCACUUUUCCGCGAGCACCUGGUGCGAGACUCCAUCUUCCUUCGCUCCAGCCUCCACUUCCCUUCGCGCCUGGCCCGCCAGGACUCCUGCUCUUCCCUGCGCGGCGACUGCUCCACGCUCUCCCACACCGCCCAGCCCCUGCUGUUGCGUCCGCGCCGCAGCAGCGACCCCGACUGCCUCUACAGCUUGGCCCGUGCCAGCUCCAUGGGCGAGCUCACCACUCAGAGCCGAGGCCUGGCCAGCGAACCCCCGACGGACACCUCCUUCGACAGCUUCUCCCGCACCUCCUUCUCCCGGGCCUCCCUCAAGUUCAGCUGGAACCCCUGGCGCCACGGCCUGUCCUCGCCAGAAAGCCUGCCCCCUGAGGAGCUGCCCAACCAGGCCCAGCUGCUGCCAGACGAACUGCCCCCGGCCCCUUCCAGCAGCGCCCCAAACUCAGAGCGCGAGGCCCGGAAGAGCUUCCUGGCCCUCAGCAAGCAGGUGGAUUCUCGCAGCCUCUCCAGCGACACCAUUGAACUGUGAAAAGGGCCCGGGAUCCCGCCCUGCCUGAGGCGCACCGGCCUGGUUCUUCACGGAGGAGGUGGGAGAAGGUGGCUCUCCCCAGGAAGACUCCCAUUUUCCUUUCAAAAAAGCCAUGGGGCACCUUCUGCCCCGACUCGGCCUAGUACGUGCCACUCACCUAGUGGCCCCCAAUCCGUAGCUGGGCUCCUCUAGUUUCAGCCACAUGAUAAAUAGUACCGCCAGCCAGCCAUCCACUCUGUGACAACCACAAACGUAGCACAAGCCAGUCAUCCGUUCCCAUGUUCUGUAGUGCCAGGAACACCCAAGCGCCUGCUCGCCAUUUUCUGUAGCCACCUCUGUUUUCCACGUGUAGCAUAUGGGAAUGGGAGGCAGGCGGGCACCAGGAACUCUUCCAGCUGCAAGAAGGAUGCCGUGUGGGGAGAGAGCAGGGCGGGAGGGCACUGACAGCCUGACAGACGGCACUCUCUCCAAUCCAGCCCCCAAUCCGAAAAGGCUCAGCUUGCCGUUACUGUUUGUGGCAGUGCCCACAUUGUGCCAUAGAAAUAAACUUUGGAGGCGAGGCUGAGGAGCGACAGGAUGAGGGCCUGCCACCGUCGUGAUGGGCCCCCAAGUAUUUGCAGCAAUCUCGGAGCAAGGCAGUGCUGCAGGCCGUAGCUCAGUGGUAGUGUCUACCCCAGUUACCCCCAAACGCGGCCCUCCAGCUAUUUGGGGACUACAAUUCCCAUCAUCCCUGGCCACUGGUCCUGGUAGCUAGGGAUGAUGGGAGUUGUAGUCACAAAACAGCUGGAGGGCCGAGUUUGGGGAUGCCUGGUCUACCCUCUGCAUGCGAACGGUCCCAAAUUCAUUUGCUAGGUUCUUGCACUAAAAAGGAUCUUGCACUAAAAAGAGCUGGGAAAGGAUCUCUGCCGGGGGCCUGCCAGUUGUAGCAGAUACGAAUGAGUUCAGUAGAGCAAUAUUCUGAGUCUGUAUAUUUGCACGGCAGCGGCUCAGGCUAUAAAUCAUUCCGUGAGCUGAAUUUUUCUGGCUCAACGUCCAUAGCCCAAUCCACAGUGACUGAUUCGUAGAUGUUGGGAAACGUACAGUGCAAUCCUGUGCAGGUCUACUCAGAAGUAAUCACCUACCUACUGAGUCUCGCUAGAAUUGCUCCCAGGUAAGUGUGCAUAGGAUUGCAACCUUAAUCUAGCUUUUCUGAAAGACAAAACUUGUUUCUAGGUCUCAUGGCUGCUGUGGAAAAGGUGGAGAUCCAUGCAGCUGGUUUCUUUCCCGUUAGCAAAACCAGAGAAGAACAACAUCUCCUAUUCCCUCUCCCACCAGGCACAUGGCUGGGUUAUGCUUCAAUAUGCUAGACUCGGGGGUGGGCUUUUAUUUCUUAGCUUUUUUGAGCCCCCCCCCAUCUUCCUCCAUGACCCUCUGCCCGUCUCUGAUGUAGUCUACAUGCGCCCGUGCUCUCCAUCCCUUGUGUCUUUUUUUUUUAUAUAAAAAAAAGAAUAAUGAAAAUUUGUCAGAGUUUGACUGAAACUCAGAACUUGGCCUGGAGUUGUGCGGGCGGUGGAAAUAUGUUGCAGGACGAGCUUGAAAUUCACACGGGAAUGCUGCUUUGUCAGAUUGGAGUGAAUAGCACAAUUUUGCAACUUGCCUGGCAACUUACCUCUCCCCCUGACAGGGGAAUGAAAGGAUGGAACUGUCCGGAUCUGCGGUUGGACAGGGGUACUGUCGAAUGUCCAUGUGGUCUGUUUGUGCCAAAAAGGAAAAAAAAUGAAAAAAAUAAAGCUGUCGGAGAAUGUUAA